CAAUGAACAGUGGCGAAGUUGCGCGGGAUGACAUCAUAAAAAUAACCAACCUGUCAAAAGUACAGUCGCAGACGAACGACAGCCACUGCUCCAAAAGUAUCGUCACUGAGACAGCGCCAAGGCCUAUCAUACCGGUAACAGAGCGAAAGUGUGGCAGCAAAAAGGCGAAUUGUGCAGGAGAUAAGCUAACGCAAUUUUCAAAUAAUGCAGUGCUUGAAUACGAGUUCGCCGAAACUGACAAUGCAAUAAUUUCGAAUGCUGGGAUUGCAACUCCGAGUGGGAGGAGACAAGAUUUUAAAUACGACACUGUCCCUCCGGUGGCAACAACGACAUCUGGAUCGUUAACAUAUGAGCACCAAGCGCAAAUUAAGAUGUUAAAUUUAAGUUUUGAAAACAUUUGCUAUGGUGUCAACACAGGUUUCUUCCAAAGAGUACACAAGCAAAUACUGAAUGGCUUGUCGGGGGUGUUUCGUGCUGGUGAGCUGAGUGCAAUCGUGGGACCUUCUGGUGCCGGCAAGAGUACACUACUGAAAAUUCUCUCCUCAUAUACGCUUUAUGGCUUUUCGGGAGAUAUUCGAAUCAAUGGAAAUUUGCGUGAUGUGAAAACAUUCAAGCCAAAUGUUGCUUUCAUAACUCAAGACACCACUCUGCAGCCGUUUUUGACGGUUAAGGAGGCAAUGUAUUUUGCAGCCAGUUUAAAACUUGGACAACAGGUGACCAAGUCGGGGAAGCGGGAACAGGUGCUAAAAGUUCUGAAGGCCAUGGGAUUACUUGAGUGUCUUGGUACUAAAACGGGCAACUUAUCGGGUGGUCAAAAGAAACGUUUGGCAAUCUCUUUGGAACUAGUGAAUAAUCCUCCGGUUUUAAUACUGGAUGAACCCACAAGUGGAUUAGAUAGCUCAACAUCCAAUCAGUGUAUUUCCUUACUAAAAUCACUGGCCUUGGAGGGACUCACCAUCAUCUGCACGAUUCACCAGCCGAGCGGUAUUGCAUUUCAAAUGUUCGAUCAUCUAUAUGCACUUGCCGAUGGAUCUUGCAUAUACGCAGGCAGACCAGGGAACUUGGUCUCAUUUCUAGCGGAAAGCGAUUUACAUUGUCCUCAAUCUUACAACCCUUGCGAUUUUCUGAUGGAGAUUGGAACAAAUGAUUACGGCCCAAACAAUCAACGACUUAUAAAGAAAAUGCAAAACGGGCGCAAUUCCGAGUACCGUCUUACCAAUCGUGUAGAAUCAUCACCAAGUUUAACAACCGCUAAUGCACCGCUGACACCAAUCAAAGAGACGCCAUCGCUCGCGCGGGAGAGCAGUUGCAUGGUCAGCGAAUAUAAAUAUGAUCACAGAUUAUCAAAAUCAAAAAAACCUAAAAUGUCAAUCGACACCGCACAUCUGUGUAAUCGCGAGAAUGUCUAUCCCACGCCAUUUUACCGUCAGUUUAGCAUUUUACUAAUGCGCACCUUUCUGCUCAUUUGGCGUGACAGCUCACUCACAACUCUGCGGUUCGUCAUUCAUUUCGGUGCGGCGCUCCUCAUUGGCCUCCUUUACUAUGACAUUGGCAAUGAUGCGAGGAAUGCGAUCAACAUAUUUCGCUAUGCUUUUUACACAAUAAUGUUCAUCAUGUUUUGCGCUUUCUCGUCGAUCCUCACAAAAUUUCCUCUAGAAUUUCCUAUAGUUACGCGGGAGCAUUUCAACCGUUGGUAUUCUUUGCGGGCAUAUUUUAUUGCGAUUACUUUUGCGGAUAUACCAAUUCAGAUUAUAUGCACAAGCCUCUUUAUAUUUCCCACCUACUAUCUGACUGGCCAACCAAUGGAGCUUAAGCGCUUCGUUUUGUACUUUACUAUCAUCUUCCUUACGGCUCUUGUUGGGCAAAGUAUAGGCCUCUGUGUAGGAUCUGCACUGAAUCUUCUCCAUGGCGCUAUAUUUGGACCUUUCUUCAUUUGUCCUUUCCUGGCGUUUUCCGGGUUUUUCCUGCAACGAAAAGACUCGCCACUUUAUUUGACAUUUUUGUUCGAUAUAUCAUUCCUCAAGUACGCUAUGGAUGGUUCAAUGAUGGCGCUUUUUGGCUAUGGCCGAGGUAAAUUGGAAUGCUACGAAAUUUAUUGUCAUUACACGCAUCCCGCCUUCUUUCUUCGGGACAUGGAUUUCGGCAAUGCAAGCUAUCAACUGGCUGCCAUAUUUUUACUAUCGAUAUUUUUAGUAUUAAGAAUUCUUGCAUUCUAUAUUUUAUCCUUCAGGAUGAGGUUGUUUAGAUGAGGUUUGAUGUAUGUGUCUUCAUCCGAAGAUUUUUCUAACUAGCCUGCUCUCCAUAUAUUGUACAAAUUCGAAUUGUACUGAAUAAGUAUAUACAUAUGUAGCUCAAAAUAAGCGCCUUUAAGUAGACAACGAUCAGCAAGCACUGGAGUGAUACAUAAAAGUGUGAUGUGAUUUAAAAACAAAAAGUAGUUGUACGCGUGACAAAUUAGAAAGUUUUUUACUUUUUUGGAUUAAUGCAGUGAAAUGUGGAGUGUUUGUGUGAUCUGCCUACCUUUAUAUUGAAAACUUAAGCUUUUCGUGAACUUUUUUCUUAGCCCAAAGAUAAACUACCAAAUAGAAAAUUGUCAAUUCCCAACACAAUAGGUAUUAAUGCGGAAAGUUUGCUCAGAUUUAUCCAAAUUGUAUAUAAAUAUGUAUGCACUCAAGUUAGGCUUGUUUCCAUUUUCGAGGUAAAUAUACGCAUUGUAAAAUAUUAUUGUAUUAUAUUUUUACAUCCUUCAUGCGGUUGCAUUUUGUUAUUGAAAUCGGAAAAAUAGUGGUUCAAAAG